UUGGUUUAUGGGCUAAAACCCCGGACGGAAAACUAAACUCUGCUUAAACCUCUAGUCUCCGUUUGCCGAAGUACACAGUUCACACUGCUUUCGAGCUUUACAUAUAAACUUGGUUCUCUGCUCAAGUUUCAAACUUGAUAGCUAACAACAGGUAACAACAAAAGCUGUAAGCCCAUGUCAAGGUUGCCUUCCAUAUUCAAGAGCUAAGGGAGCUUUUCAGAAAUAAGUUGAACAGAGUAGAAUGGGGGUGCCAGAUGCCUCUGGGGACUUGUCAUCGGAGAUGGAGGUGGAUGCUUUCAGACACCUCUUCCCUCUUCGCUAUUUUGAGCGUCAUCUCUCAGAAUCUAUACGCCCAGAUGCAAGGCCUCUUGGAAGAGCUAGAGAUACAACAUUAGCCCUUGGGGCUGUUGCGUCUGCUCAUGGGUCAGCAUUGGCAAAGAUUGGUUCAACUACCAUGUUGGCUGCCAUAAAAAUGGAAGUGAUGACCCCUUCAACAGAGUCACCAGACGAGGGCUGCAUAGCUAUUGAUUUCCACAUGCCUCCAAUUUGUUCUCCAAUUGUUAGGCCUGGUAGGCCUGCUGAGGCAGCACCAGUGAUAUCGAAGCAAUUAUCUGAUACCAUAUCAAGUUCUGGCAUGAUUAAUCUAAAGGAACUGUCCUUGGUCAGUGGAAAAGCUGCCUGGAUGGCUUACCUGGACAUCUAUUGUUUGGAUGCUGAUGGUGCUCUUUUUGAUGCUGCACUACUUUCAGCUGUUGCCGCGUUCUCUCAUUUGCAAAUCCCCAUAGUUUCCUUAAAUGAUGAUGGAAAAAUAGUACUUGUAUUGGAGGAAGAUGAGGGAGCAAAAUUGGAGAAGGAGCCUGUCAACAAGGAAAAGAGGAAGCUCACACUGAGCAGCAUUCCAUUUUCAUUGACAUGCAUACUUCAUAAAAAUUACAUCUUGGCAGACCCCACUGCAGAGGAAGAGUCCAUCAUGGAAACUCUUGUAACUGUGGUUUUGGAUUCAUCUGCCAGACUUGUAUCUUUUUACAAGCCAGGUGGAUCAGUUUUUGCCUAUACAUCAGCUGUCAAGGAUUGCGUUGCGUUGACAAGGCAGAGAGUCAAGGAACUUCAAGAGAUUUUAGACGAGGCCAUUUCUGGUAUGGAGACCGACUAAGUUUCAUUUGAGAGGGAGUAAUUCUACAGUUUAAAAUACAAUGUUCAUUCUAUCUUCUUCCUACUGUGUAACGAGUGAUUCUGAAAGAGAUUUUUCGAGGUAAAAGUUAUUAGCGAAUUAUUACUCGUCAAUGAAGAGCUGUAGAUGACAUUUUCUUCCAUCUUUAUUACAAAUUACAAAAAAUACUAAAAGGACUCAACGAGCUAUUUACUUUGUAUUGUAUUGUGAGGUGAAAAACAGUAGAUUCAGACAAUGUAUUGGUCAUUUUGUCUUUCAUUGCACUUAACAAUUGCUUUGGAAGUGGGAGUAAAAUCAUCUUUUAUAAGGGAUCCAAAUGUUAUUUGUAAAUUUAUUGGAGGUAAUUUAGUUAUUUGCUUUUUAAAAUUUAUAGUAAAAAUAUUUUGUUGCCCUUAAAAGCUAAAAAAAAAUAGCCUUUCUUACAAGUGUUUUUGUGUAUUUUCCCAUUUAUUUGAACAGUUAAUUAAAGAUUGUACCCUUCAAAGCUCAAAAAUAUUAACCUCUGGGAAAGAGGGGUUUAUUCGUCUUUACAUAAUUUUUGCAUGGUAAAAUAAAACUGGCUUGGGAGGGUAUUUUUGUCUUUGCAAAUUGGUUUUUUUGUAAUAUUUAUAUCCUUGGAUCUUGUUUGAUAAUUUGCAUUAUUAAAAUAUUAAUAAAUCAAUUAAAGAAGUUGACAUGUAUUGUUCACGCAUCUGCACAUCAACGUUUCAUGCACCAUUCUAGAGGUGCGUGGGGUGUAUUCUAAUAGCUAAAAACUGUCAAUAAUCGUCUCAUCCAUCCGACGUGUUAGAUGGCGGUACAGUUGCUGGAGUGACAUGUGUGGUCAGGCUGGUGACAAUUUGGUGACAAUCAGCUGAGACUGUGCGGCUUGAUGCACGGACCAAAUUGUUGAACCCCAAGUGGUAUGAAGGAAUGAUGUCUAGCGGAUACGAGGGUGUUCGUGAAAUUGAAAACCGGCUAACAAACACUGUUGGAUGGAGUGCAACUUCAGGUCAAGUCGACAACUGGGUCUAUGAAGAGGCUAACUCAACCUUCAUCCAAGACGAGGAGAUGUUGAACAGACUCAUGAGCACCAACCCGAAUUCAUUUAGGAAGUUGGUGCAGACCUUUUUGGAAGCCAAUGGACGUGGGUACUGGGAAACUUCACAGGAGAACAUUGAGAAGUUGAGGCAGUUGUAUUCUGAAGUUGAAGACAAGAUUGAAGGUAUUGAUCGGUAAAUUGUAAAUGUACUGCUGGAAGGAUUUGCAAAUAUCAGUUAACAAUGUUUAUUUCCUGA